AUGUCUUCGGGAUUGUCAAGACGUAGGGGAGGAGCUAAGAAAACCUCCGACAACGGCGAUGACGAGGAGGCGUCGCUGGAGAACGGCGUCAGCAACAUGAGCUUGAACAACAGCACAAACAAAGAGAGCAUAAGGAACCCGGAAAGCAAGAUUGGGUACGAUCCGCGGGAUGACCCGAGCAUGAACAACGAAGACAAGUACGGAACGAAGCCGUUUUUGACCUUGCUGGAAGAGGUGUUGCUACUUGGAUUGAAGGACAAGGAAGGGUAUCUAUCAUUUUGGAAUGAUAAUAUCUCGUAUGCGUUGCGGGGAUUGAUCAUCAUCGAGUUGGCGUUGAGAAAUAAGAUCAGAAUGGUGAACGACCCUGCGCGGAAACGGUUUGAGCUGGCGGACCGGUUGAUUGAGGUGGUUGACUCGACCAUGACGGGCGAGACGUUGUUGGACGAGGCGUUGAAGUUGAUGAAGAACGACGACGAGAACCUGAGUGUGUUGAACUGGAUCGACCUUUUGAGUGGAGAGACGUGGAACUUGAUGAAGAUCAACUACCAGCUUAAGCAGGUGAGGGAGAGAUUGGCAAAGGGGUUGGUGGACAAGGGUGUUUUGCGGACCGAGCGGAAAAACUUUCUCCUCUUCGACAUGCCCACACACCCAAUCAACGACCCGCUUCCAAAGAAGAAGAUAACCGCCCGGGUUCUGAACAUGCUGACGUCGAGAAAUGUCAUCUUGGACUACGACGAGAAGUACUUCCCCUCGACGUUGGAAUGGAAGUACCUCAGAACCGUUGUAUUGGUCUGCGGGUGCAGCGCCGCCAACGUGUUGGAAAACGUGCUAGUCGACGUGAACUUCGACAUGAGAGACCAGGCGUUCAUCAGAGCCGAGGAGCUCUUGGGCAACUUCAGCGACUUCCCCUUCAUCGAUAAGGCGUCCUCCGUGGGCUUUGGUAUGAACCUCAACAGCGAGAUCGACAGGGAGGUGGACGCGCACCAGGGCUUUGAGAUGAACUUGGAGGUUGUUGCCUCGGUCAUCAGCAUCUUCAGCAAAAUGGACGCCAUCAUCUGA